AGGCAGGGGCGCGCUGCUACAGGAGCCCACGGGCAUCAUUUGUCCUCGUGGAAUUUCGCGCUUCUGCGGUCAAUCUACUGAAUAAUUCCCUUCAUUUACACUUUUAAUGUGUACGAAAUCUAAGCAUUAGCCAGGCGAAAUGAACGUCCUUUAGUGUAGCCUAUUUGAUCAGAGAGUAGGCUGAGGCUGGUACUGGAGACCUGGCGUGUAGCGUCACGGGCGGCGUGUCAUUCCACUCGGAUCGCGUGGUGAUCACGAAGCCGCUUGAUUCGGAGCUCCGCUGUCUGCGAGUCGUGGCAGAUUGUAUCAUUUAAGUUCUAUUUUUCAAAGGAUGCAAACGUAACCGUUUAGUCUGCUGUAACGGAAAGUGUACUGGAAACAGCAUGUCCUUCUACGCCGUCAUUAUAACGGUCCUCUGUAUCAUUUUCUCGGCUUGGCAGGUGAGUGCGGAUGAGGACUGCUUGUGGUAUGUGGACAAAAAUGGCACCUGGCACAAUGGCUUUGAUUGCCCACUCAUAUCCUUCUGCUGUGGGAACUGUCACCGCCGCUACUGCUGCCUGGAUGGCUUCAAGAUGAUCACCGAGGCGGGACAGAAGCGCUGCAUGCUGUUCCAUCUCAGCCCUUCCACUAUAGCUGGCAUUGCUUCAUCCAUCCUGCUCUUUGUGGCUGCUAUAGCCACCAUGGUUUGUUGCUUCAUGUGUUCCUGUUGUUACCUGUACCAGCGCCGCCAGCAACGCGGCAGAACUCCUUAUGAAGCCCAGCAUAUUCCAAUGGCCAGGUAUCCUGUGGAGCACAUGUACGAUGCUUCUGGUAAACCCAUUGGACAUCCUGAUUAUCCUGGAUAUCCAAUGGUGCCGCAGUAUCCAGGUGUCCCCCUCCAGUAUCCUAUGAUGGUCCAGGGUCCUUAUCCUCCUAAUCAUCCUGACGCAGGAUACAGUCAAGCAGCUCCUCCGCCGUAUUCCCCUCCCCAGUACCCAGGGCACUGAAAGAGCUGAAGUCCCUCAAUGAGGAGAAGAUAACCCAUAAAGUGGGUGAUGAGGAGGGCCCAUGCUUGUGAGGAAUCCUUUGAAUGAGAAGCCGUUUUAAAAAAUGAUUUAUGUUAUUUAUAUCUUGAUUAAUUUAUUGAGUGAAGCAUGAACUGACCUCAAAAUCGACUCACGCAUCGGAGUGUUUUCUUGUUUGAUGUACAGCUUUCAUGUGUCACUAAUCAGUGCCCACUUUAAUCCAGCAACUCACAGACUCAAAAGACUGCUUUAAAUGUGCCAUUAUGUUUUGUCCAUCUCUCCGAAAUGGACUGUUAAAUAUGACUGUCUUGCAGUAGAGACUGGCUGCCAGUUCUGAUUCACCCAGGAUAUCGUUCUUUGUUCAACCAAAUGAGAAGAAGCUUAUAUUAUUUGCACUUUAUUCUGCAAUAGACAUGUUCAAAAUGUAAUUUAUUUGACCGCUAAUCCGAGCAUGUCACUUGCAUCAUUAACAUCAAAUCAUGCUGUAUGCUUUUCAUGUCUUAUAGACAGCUAACAUGCAGUAUGUAUAUAAGAGAGAACUUACAUUAAGAAUGAAUUUCAUGUUUCAUAGCAUCCAACCAAACAUCAAUCUGUGCAUUUGCAGUUCAUCAACUGUUUUUAGAUCUGGCUUGAGCAGCUGUAAAGUUAUAGUUUUGCAUGUCUUUAACUAUCUCAUGCUACGAAGGCCAGUUGUCAAGGGGAAUAACUGUAAUGUUUGAAUUCAAUUAGCUGUCCGUCUGUGCAUUUUUAUUUGUUUCAAAAAGCUUUUUGAUCUAUAAAACAAUUUUAUAGAUAUAAAACACUAAAUAUAAUAAAACACUACAGUCA